GGAGGGAAGGGGAGGGGAUAUUUAACUUGGGAAAGAGAGGAGUUCUCCUCCAGACGCGCUCAUUCUCCUCUGUCCCAGAUCAGGACCAGGCGAGUUUUCGGACGGAUUUCUGACACAGCGGGGAUAUGAAGGUUCUGAAGAACAUGCGGCAGAUGUUCGCGGGAACGCUUGACGUGUAGAGGACUUGCUCGGAACUGUCAAGAGUCUGAUUUUAUUCCGGACUUACACCGAACAUGUUCUAGUCGCGGGUUGAGGUUCUGAUUGCGCGCGGAGUUCUGCCCGCUCUGUGGAGAGACUGAGCGGCUCUCGUCCCGGUUCAGCAGCGCCUGUUCGGCGGGACGGACUGGAGCCUGUGCGCUCAGAGAGCGAGAGAGAGAGAGAGAGAGAGAGAGCGUAAAAAUAACAUUGGCUAAGACGCGCUCCAUUCCGCGGGCGCGCUGACAUUUCAAACGCCAGUUUGGGUGGCACCCGGCAACAAAACCCGAGCAGGCUGUAGAAACGGUGCCAUCCCAUCCUAUCCCGUUGCCAUGGUGACCCGCCAACAGCUUCGCUAGAGGAAAGUCCGAGGAGGAUACGCUUUUGAAGCACUUUCGCACUUGGCACGCCUCACCUGAGCGAGUAUCAUUGAAGAAAAAAAAAAACAACAAAAAAAAAACAGCCCAUGUCCCAUGUCAUUCCGGGCCACGCGGCCGUCUAUUAAAAGAUCUCGCUCGUGCUGUCGCUCGGACUAUUUAUGCACGAGGGCGCAGUGAGGGCCAACUCCACUCCGUAGACAGACAGAAGACGAGUCAUGGGCAGCAUCACCCGCGCGCUGCCGCUGCUACUGCUGCUCCUGUGCGCGCACGGCAACGCGGCCCAGCCUUACCUGCGCCUGAGGCCCUCGCCCAGCGAGCAUCUGCCCGUCCCGGACCUCAUCGAGGAGCCCGACCCGGAGUACGACCCGCGCGAGCAGGACCUCUCGGAGAGGACGCUGCGCAAGAAACUGGGCAGCCACUUCGACCCCAACUUCAUGUCCAUCCACCUGCCCGCGCAGCUGAACGCCAGCGCGCCGCCGGAGCUGCCGCGCCUGCCAAUGCCAGCCGAGCUCAAGAAGCUGGACCUGACGGAGACUCCGUACGGCCGGCGCGUCAAGGUGGGCAAGAAGGCGCGGCGGAAGUUCCUGCAGUGGCUGUGGAUGUACACGCACUGCCCGGUGUUGUACACUUGGAAGGACCUGGGCGCGCGCUUCUGGCCGCGCUACAUCAAGGAAGGGAACUGCUUCGGCGAGCGCUCGUGCUCCUUCCCCGAGGGCAUGUCCUGCAAGCCGGUCAAGUCGGUGACCAAGACCUUCCUGCGGUUUUACUGCCAGGGCUUCCUGCGGCAGAAGUACUGCACGUGGAUCCCGGUGCAGUACCCGAUCAUCUCCGAGUGCAAGUGCUCCUGCUGAGCAGCGCGUGCAUGCGCCUGCGAGAGGGUUUAUCGAUUAUGAAUGAUUGCACUGUUUACCCACGGACAGGGAUGUGUGGCGCCACAUAGCGAAUCUAUUUUUUUAAAUAUAUAUAUAUAUAUAAAUAUAUAUAUAUAUAUAUAGCUUUUUAAUUCAAAAUAUAUGACAUAUAUGUACAUAUUUAAGUCAAAGGAAGAAGAAGACGACGACGACGAAGAAGAAUGCAGCUAUUUUUAUUAAAGGAUCAGGACCAUAUAUUCUCACGAGGAGCACUUCAGCUCGUGGUUAUUUUUAUGAAAUUAUUGUGCGAAGACGCAAGAGAGAACUUGACUUUCCUCAUUCGAACUCUAUUUAUAGAGACUGAAGAACACUACAUAGGAGUUUUGUACAAAUAUUAAUAUGAAUAAUGAUGAUGAUUUAAAAAAAAAAGGCUUAUACACGUGAACUCAGCCUUUUCUUUCUUUUGAAAAUCAUAUAGUAUUUUAGUAAAAAAAAAAACGAAAUGUGUACGUUUUAUUUAUUGUUUUAACUGUUGUGAGUAUGUAUAGAUAAAGAGAAGAGAAUAGAAUAUACCAGAAAUUCUACUUGAAAACUUCUAAAAAAUGAAUUUAAGAGAGUAUUAAUAAUAAUAAUAAUAAACAUGUCAGUGUAAAUGCCAUGGUUUUAGCAAUAAAAUCUGUUAAACUUGGACUGAGUGUGAAGGAUCUGAGAAAUAUAAGUUAUUAAAAAAUACUGAAUAUGUUGCAGAA